UCCGGGAAUCGGUGGUUGAUGUGUGCGGCCUGGGCGCGGGGCGGGCGCCGCGUGGUGGUGGAGGAAGCCGGGUCCCGGCCCUGGUGCAGGUAACUGUGAGCCGCCUCUUUUUGUAAAACCAAGGACCAGCGCUCGGAAGAGGGGCUUGUCGGACCGUUACCCACCGCGUCUCUGUGGGCCAGUUUGCUGUGCACCCCCGCGAUGGCCCAGCUCCAGACCCGCUUCUUCACUGACAACAAGAACGGCAGCGGUACCUCUCGGGGGUUCCUCCGGGACCCACCUCUGGUAUCGCCAUUUAAAUUGUGACCGUGGAGGAGCCGGAGGGCUGCGGGGCUGCCGCCAGCAGGAGGCACAUUCUGUCAUUGGGCCGUGAACCAAGUCGUUGCAGGCUGUCUGCCCACGAUGUGUCCGUUUCUGAAAACACAGCUUCAUUUUCUUUUUAAAUAUGCAGUAGAUGAUGUUCCCUUCUCAAUCCCUGCAGCUUCUGAAGUUGCUGACCUUAGUAACAUCAUUAAUAAAUUGCUGCAGGCUAAAAAUGAGGUCCACAAGCAUGUGGAGUUUGAUUUCCUUAUCAAGGGCCAGUUUCUACGAAUGCCCUUGGUCAAACAUAUGGAACUGGAAAACAUCUCAUCAGAAGAGGUUGUGGAACUAGAAUACGUGGAGAAGUACACUGCACCUCAGCCAGAGCAAUGUUUGUUCCAUGACGACUGGAUCAGCUCAAUCCAAGGGGCAGAGGAAUGGAUCUUGACUGGUUCUUACGAUAAGACUUCUCGGAUCUGGUCCUUGGGAGGAAAGUCGAUAAUGACAAUUGUGGGACAUACAGACGUCGUAAAAGAUGUGGCCUGGGUGAAAAAAGACAACCUGUCUUGCCUGCUGCUGAGUGCCUCUAUGGACCAGACGGUCCUCCUGUGGGAGUGGAACGUGGAGAGAAACAAGGUGAAAGCCCUGCACUGCUGCAGAGGCCACGCUGGGAGUGUGGACUCCAUAGCUGUCGAUGGCUCCGGGACUAAAUUUUGCAGUGGCUCCUGGGAUAAGAUGCUAAAGAUCUGGUCUACAGUCCCUACAGAUGAAGAAGAUGAAUUGGAGGAAUCCACAAAUCGACCAAGGAAGAAACAGAAAACAGAGCAAUUGGGACUAACAAGGACGCCCAUCGUGACUCUGUCUGGUCAUAAAGAAGCAAUUUCCUCGGUUCUGUGGUCAGAUGCUGAAGAAAUCUGCAGUGCAUCCUGGGACCACACAAUUAGAGUAUGGGAUGUUGAGUCUGGCAGUCUUAAGUCAACCUUGACAGGAAAUAAAGUAUUUAAUUGUAUCUCCUACUCUCCACUUUGUAAACGUUUAGCAUCUGGAAGUACAGAUAGGCAUAUCAGACUGUGGGAUCCCCGGACUAAAGAUGGUUCUUUGGUGUCGCUGUCCCUAACCUCACAUACCGGCUGGGUGACAGCAGUAAAGUGGUCUCCUACCCAUGAGCAGCAGCUGAUCUCAGGUUCUUUAGAUAACAUUGUCAAGCUGUGGGAUACAAGGAGUUGUAAGGCUCCUCUCUAUGACUUGGCUGCUCAUGAAGACAAAGUUCUAAGUGUGGACUGGACAGACACAGGGUUACUUCUGAGUGGAGGAGCAGACAAUAAGUUGUAUUCCUACAGAUAUUCACCUACCACUUCCCAUGUGGGGGCAUGAAAGUGAAUGAUAAACUUGACUACAGAGAUUCUGUAAAUGUAAUUAUAGAGAAUCCUCAGAGUACAUCAGUGCAGAUCACCCUUUAUAAUAGUUCUUACUGUCUUUUUAUUUUGUAUUUAUUGUAUAACAGUGUGCAUUUAUAAAAUAUAAAAUGUGGCUUGCAUUCUCUACCUAUGCAAACUCUUGAAAUAAAACUGAGUUUAUUAUUUCUUUUUAAAGGUA